AUCAAGGUGAAAUUUAUGAAGAUAAUUUAAUUGAUAAAAUUGCUAAAAUUUCUUUAACAAAUAAAGAAAGUAGUAAUAUUGAAGAUAAAGAUGUAAUUGAUUAUAAUAUUGAUAAUCUAGUAAAUAAAUAUGGAUUAGAUAGUUAA